AUGGUGAGCAGAGGGGUGAUCUAUGGUAGGGGGGUCUCUCUUCUCUCGCGGGGCGAAUUGCCAGUGCAGAAGCGAAAGCUUGCCCAGCGGAGGCGAAACCGAGUCCUGUCAGAUGGCCACGCAGGAGAAAAGGAACAUGUGAAGUUGCCCGAAGCUAAGGAAAACGUCGCAUACGACAGGGACGGCAUUCUGGAUAAGCUCGGAGACACGGGCUGGCCACAGGAUGUGCCCUGGGUACGUAGACUCUCCGUAGAUAUCGAUAGCCGACAAGAGCAAGAGGUCGACAUGAAUGACGACCUCCCGGGGGAGCUCUCUUUCUAUACGCAGGUGCUCGAGGGGACGAGGGAAGCCUUUGGGAAACUCCAGUCGAUGGGGCUUCCAUUUCUCAGGCCUUCGGACUAUCGCGCCGAGAUGGUGAAGACCGACUCUCACAUGGAGAAGGUGAAGGCCAGGCUUUUGGCUGGGAAGAGGGAAGAAAUGAGGCUCUUUUAA